AUGUUACGUUCGUUGCUUUCGCUUGGCCGGAAUUCCGACCCCGAGUACUUUGUGCCUCGUGUGGAUCCAGCGAAAGACGGAGCCGACUGCCUGAAAGACUGCGCAGACUGCACCACGCAUUUCCCUUCUAAAGUCAAGGUCGAGAACUCCAGACCCCUCUAUGGCCAUAUCAAAGCUUUUAAUGCGCAUGUCUUGGUUGCUACGGGGCAGUCUGACUGGAAAGAGAAGGUCGAGCAAGAGAAGGGUAGUCUGAUGGAGGCUUUUGAUAAGCCCUCGGUGAAAUCGAAUCUGGGACGAAUCAUGGUAUCGGCGACAAAUAUUAAGCCGCUAGAAGACGGUGACAACCCAGAAAAUUCAGAUGGUCGCACGACAGUGCUCAUCCUCCCAUCUUUCACAUUUGUGGACUCCGUCUCACAACCAGACGUUCCUGACCUUGUCCAUCAAUUCAUCAACAACUCCACGGAUGAAAAGGAUGGCACUGGUGCCGUGUCAUCGAAAGCCGGCAUGAGCACCCGACCCUGUGAAUUGGACUACGUGAUUCUGCUCUGCUCGCACCGACGACGCGAUGCUCGCUGUGGAAUCACCGCGCCACUGAUUAAGCGUGAGUUGGAGCGUCAUCUGCGUCCGUUGGGACUGGACCGCGAUGUGGAUGACUCUCGGCCCGGUGGCGCGGGGAUCUUUUUCGUCUCGCAUGUUGGUGGUCACAAAUUCUCGGCGAAUGUGCUUGUUUACCGGAAGAGGGAUCAGCAGAUGAUUUGGUUGGCGCGUGUGCGGCCGGAGCAUUGCGAGGGAAUUGUGAAGUAUACUAUUCUGGAAGGAAAGGUGGUGCAUCCGGAGACACAACUAAGAGGUGGAUUUGAUCGGAUACGAGGAUUGACUAGCUGGUGA